CUGUUUAAGUACAAAUGAUGCUGUGAUAUUUGAACUUUGUUGUGAACACUGAACCUUAAACUAGUGCUACUUUAUUUUUCCAUCAUUCAGGGAUUAAAAAAUGGUGCAGCGCCUGACCUACCGCCGUAGGUUGUCCUACAACACAGCUUCCAACAAGACCAGACUGUCCCGAACACCUGGGAACAGGAUUGUUUACCUUUACACCAAGAAAGUAGGGAAGGCACCAAAGUCAGCAUGUGGUGUGUGCCCAGGAAGACUUCGUGGUGUUCGUGCUGUGCGUCCUAAAGUUCUCAUGAGGCUUUCAAAAACGAAGAAGCACGUUAGCAGAGCCUACGGUGGUUCUAUGUGUGCUAAAUGUGUCCGUGACAGAAUCAAACGAGCUUUUCUUAUCGAGGAGCAGAAGAUCGUUGUGAAAGUGCUGAAGGCACAAGCACAGAGCCAAAAGUCGAAGUGAAUCUAUUUGUAUUUUCUGCCCAAUAAAUGAAAGUUCCGCUUUU